AUGGUCUCACGUUUACACCCUGGAUGGUAUGAUGUUGAGCUGGAAAGCAUUCCCAAAUCAUGACUCCUUCACCUCCAUGCUUCACAGCUGGCUUCUUUCAGGUUGACAGUUGUUUUGAAUGCCCGUGACAGAUAAUCUUCUGGACAGUUUACCUAUGUAAACCCUUUACCAGAUUCAUGGAAAUCUACAAUCAGCUCUCUGAGGGUUUCAGAGAGAUCUUUCUAUCCCACUUUCAAUCCCAACAAACUGAAUUGUCAACAAAGCACACUCCUAAUUUAUUCCUCAUCAGAAUUUCAAAAGGUCUUGAAUUUUUUUCUUUCUUGCGUAAUGUCAAAUAUUCAUAUGUCCAAAUAUGCUAGAAACACUCAGCUGAACGUUCAGCAUGUCUUGGGGAUAAAAACUGAUCAAAACACUCAAAAACCACAUUUUAGCUAUAUUUUUCUAACUAAACCAUAGUGAAAAUGAGGGAAAUGUUUACAUUGGAAAUUGUGAAUUGUUUAAUUUCCCUAUUAUUAAAAUCCUGCUAAGUGGGGCUUACAUAAACCCUUGCAGCACACUCUAGUUAAGGAGGUUUUAAGCACUGUUUGGAUUAACACUGUGGCUUUUCACCUUAAGUGGAGGAUUAGGGAUUUUUCUAAGAGAAUCACUGCAAAAGUUUGUAUUGCUACUUUUCCUUUGCUCAUUACCAGCUGCUUUUCUACAUCUUUCAGAGUAUGCAUGCUAUUUGUGCUGGAAUAAUCUCAGCGCUGCUUUGUGGGAGAUCUGAGAACACAAGUAUGCGUGCAUCUGUUGUGUCUCUGAAAUAGUCCCUCAUUUUGUCCUUACAAAGGAAUGAGGAGGCCCUUGGGGUCAGUGUAGGCAGCAGGAGGCUCUUCAGAGGAUAAAGUAGGGGAGUGUUUAUGACACGACUUGGUGGAGGAGAAAAUAGACCCCUCCAUCUGUCUCCAAAUCAAUCCUGUUGCUGACCUGAUCCCUGGAGACUGUUGCGUAGGGUCACGUGAUGAAGGAAACCUGUUAAAACUCCAACCUGCAGACCUAGACUUCCAGUUAUUUCCUGUGCUCACCACUCCAGUUGAUCAGUUCUGCUCAGAGGAUCCAACAUGUCAGACACUGAGGAGAUUGUGGAGGAAUAUGAAGAGAAGGAAGAGGAUGAGACCGUGCACGACAAAGGGUCCAAACCAUGGUUUAAAACCACCUAUAUACCAAACAUGGCUCCUCCAAAGCUCCCUGAUGGAGAGAAGGUCGACUUUGAUGAUCUCCACCGGAAGAGAGUGGAGAAGGAUUACAACGACCUCCAAACGCUCAUCGAGCAGCAUUUCUCCAGCCGCCAGAAGGAGGAGGAAGAGCUGAUUGCCCUGCGCAGCCGCAUUGAACAGCGCCGCGCUGAUCGGGCCGAGCAGCAGCGAGUCCGAGCAGAACAGGAGCGAGAGCGCCAAGCUCGGGUGGUAGAGGAGAGGUCGAGGCGCGAAGAAGAGGCCGCCAAGCUGCGGGCUGAGGAGGAAGCCAAGAAGAAGAAGAUAUUCUCCAACAAGUCCUUCGGGGGUUACCUGCAGAAGGUAGACCAGAAGAAGGGCAAGAAGCUAACAGCCCGGGAGGAGAAGAAGAAAGCCCUGAUGGAGCGCAGGAAGCCGCUCAACAUCGACCAUCUGAGCCAGGAGAAGCUGGUGGAGAAGGCGCAAGACCUGUGGCAGUGGCUCCACCAGCUGCACGGCGAGAAGUUUGAGCUGGCUGAGAAGCUAAAGUUGCAAAAAUAUGAAAUCCACGUUCUCCGGAACCGAGUCAGCGACCACCAGAGAGGCUCCAAAACGUCCAAGAGCUCCCGCGGGGCCAAAGGGAAAGCUGGUUCCUGGAAGUAAAGCUCAGGGUCCACAACAACUGAGAAACUGAGGUCCGUUUGGACUUUUUGGUGCCGAUUCCUUCCUACUGAAUGAUCAGGGGACUGAAGGGAGUCAUAUGAAUUAAUUAACCAAGUUUAGUAUAAAUUGAGUCUUUAAAAAACAAUCCAAUAUAAAAUGUUUUAGUAAAGCUUUACAUUUUUCCGCAAACCUUCCUAAAAAUUAUUUCUGUUUAUUGUUGACGCACUCAGACUUGUAUACUUCUCAUUAAAGCUAUUCUGUCUAUUUUUAA